AUGGCCAGUCCUACUGUGCUUACCUUUGACGCUGAGGGUCGUCCUAUUAAGUUCGAUGUUUGGCUCGAUGACCUUCACCUCUACCUUCAGAUCACCGCCAAGGACGAUAUUUCUCUUUAUGACCACACGUCCGGCGCCGCUCCCGCUCGUGCUGCUGAUGCUGAUAGCACCUUGCGCUCGCAGUGGCAGACCCGUGACGCUCACGCUCGCCUAGCCGUUCGCAGCCACCUGCCGUUAGAUGAGCGCGAGCAUUUUGGCCAGCAUAAGACCGCCAAGGAACUGUACGACGCCGUAGUCGCGCGCUACUCCUCCCCUGCCACUGCUACUAUAGGCCGUCUCUCACUGCCCUACCUCUUUCCCGACCUGUCCGCCUUUGCCACUGUCGCUGACCUCAUCACCCACCUCCGUACCAGUGACCUCCGCUACCGUGCCGCGCUCCCCCCCGAUUUCCUCGCCAAGAACCCCCCCCCCCCCCCGAUGUACCUCACACUGUACCACCUUGUCACCCGCCUCCCUGACUCCCUUCGCACUGUCAGGGACCAGUUUCUCGCUCUCUCCCCCACUGACCUCACUGUCGACCUCCUCGAGAAGGAACUCCUAGCAGCUGAGAAGAGUAUUGUAGCUGUAGGUGCCUCUCGUGGUGACCCCCGCACCCCCUUCUUUGAAGGGUGCUCCCCCUCCCCCCUCCUCCCCUCCAUUGCAUCUGCUGCUGCUGUCGACUACCUCGGUGCUGAGGGAGUCGGGACUGCGUCUGCUCCCGGUGGGAGGCGCAAGAGCGGCAAGGGCAAGGGGGGCAAGGGUGGUGGAGGUGGAGGUGGGGGCGGCGGCGGUGGAGGGGGUGGGGUGGGCGGGGGUGGUGGCGGAAGUGGGAGUGGCGCGGGUGGUGGGGGGGUCAGUGGCGGCGCAGGGGGUGGUGGCGGCGGCGGCGGUGGUGGGGGUGGGGGUGGUGGAGGAGGUGGUGGCGGUAGUGGCGGUGGUGGAGCGGGUGGCGGGCGCGGUGGAGCGGUGCAGCGUGGGGGGUUCGGAGGUGGCCAGAGGCAGCCGCAGCAGCGUCCUGGCGAGACUCCCUCGCCCCAGCAGCUUCGUGAGUGGUACUCUCAGCGUGGGGGGUCUGGGGGUGGGGGCAUUUGCUCGUACGUCAUCUGCACAGGUGAUCGCGCUGGCCAGACUUGUGGGAGGUUCCACCCGACACAGCGCUGCUUCUCUCGCCUCGAUGACGCCUGGCGCGAGCAGUUCCCUGACGCCUCUGAGCUGCCUCGCUGGGCUGAUCUGCUUAGGAAGGGAAUUGAUAUCUUUGCUCUUGAUUAUGAUGCUAUCCUUGCUGCCAUGUAUGCAUUGACUAUUAGUGCUGAGGGUGACUGCUACCUGAGUGUGCCGCCUGACCCAGGUAUUGGUACUGGUAUGGCUGCUGCGCUAGUCCUUGAGCCACUCGCUCGGCCUGUUGCUGUCUCCCUUGCUGACCCCUCUGGGGGCCCGGUCCUUGCGACCUCCUCCACUGUCCUCCCUUGUCCUGCGGCCCCGUCUGGCACUUUGUCGGGUCUUUACCUCCCCUCGUUCUCUACGAACUUGGUGGCGGGCUCUGCUCUCCAGGACGGGGGUGUUCACCAGUUCACCCCUGCCUAUGAGCGAGUGACCCACUGUACGUGUGCUCGGACGGGUCGCCACCUGGCUACCUUCACUCGGCAGCCGGGGUCCGACCUGUACACACUGACCACUGAGCCCCCUCAGGUAGCUGCGUCUGCGUCUGCGUCAGGUCAGCUGUCGGCUCCCUGCUCGUGUCGCUCCCUGUCGCACCAGACCGUCCUCUGGCACCACCGCCUUGGUCACCCCUCCGUGCAGCGCCUUCGUGGCAUGCACUCCCGUUACCUUGUCUCUGGUCUUCCCAGAGUUCUCCCUCCCCUCCCACCCUCGCCUGCUCCUCCCUGUCUUCCCUGUGUCGAGGGGCGGCAGCGCGCCACCCCUCACUCCUCCUCGUUCCCUCCCACAGAGGCUCCUUUGCAGACUCUUCACCUGGACGUGUGGGGCCCAGCCCGCGUCCGGGGACAGGGCCACGAGCGGUACUUCCUGCUGGUCGUCGACGACUACUCGCGCUACACCACGGUCUUCCCCUUGCGCACCAAGGGUGAGGUCCCGGAUGUUUUGAUCCCUUGGAUCCGCGCUGCUCGUCUCCAGCUCCGCCAGCGGUUCCAGUCGGACUUUCCCGUCCUGCGUCUGCACUCUGACAGGGGUGGUGAGUUUUCCUCCGCCCUCCUGGCUGCCUACUGUGCGGAGCACGGCAUCCGCCAGACUUUCACGCUUCCGGACUCCCCACAGCAGAAUGGGGUUGCUGAGCGUCGCAUUGGUUUAGUCAUGGAGGUCGCUCGUACCUCCAUGAUCCAUGCGGCUGCCCCCCAUUUCCUGUGGCCGUUUGCAGUGCGGUACGCUGCGCAUCAGCUCAACCUUUGGCCCCGUGUCUCUGCUCCGGAGACCUCGCCCACACUGCGUUGGACGGGGGAGGUUGGCGAUGCGUCGGUGUUUCGAGUCUGGGGAUGCCGAGCCCUUGUUCGCGAUACGUCCGCGGACAAGCUCUCCUCCCGUGCCGUUCCCUGCGUCUUCCUUGGCUUUGUCCCUGACGCGCCUGGCUGGCAGUUUUACCACCCCACCUCGCGCCGUGUCUUUGCCUCUCAGGACGUCACCUUUGACGAGUCGGUACCCUUUUACCGUCUCUUCCCCUACCGCACUGCCCCCCUCCCUCCCCCGCCGCUUUUCCUCGCUCCAGGUCCCCCUCCGGUAGACCCCCUUCCCCCUCAGGGUCCUGCUCCUUCAGGUGUCUCUCAGGUAGACCCUCCUCCCGUCGCUGAGCCUGUCGAGGUCACAGGUGACUCAGGUGCUGCUGCGGGUGGUACUGCUGGGGGUGCUGAGCCUGGGGGUGCUGCCACUGGGGGUGCUGAGCCUGCGGGUGCUGGGCCUGGGGGUGCUGAGCCUGGGGGUGUUGACACUGGGGGUGCUGAGCCUGCGGGUGCGGAGCCUGGGGGUGCUGAGCCUGGGGGUGCUGAGCCUGGGGGUGUGGAGCCUGGGGGUGCUGAGCCUGAGGGUGCUGAGCCUGGGGGUGCUGAGCCUGGGUUUUCUGAGCCUGGGGGUGCUGAGUCUGGAGGUUCUGGCGCUGCUGGUGCUACCACUGGAGCUGGAGGUCCUGGAGCUGCUACGGACACUGGCGCUGCGGGUUCUGAGUCUGCUGUUGCGCGGUCUCCUUGGAGUAGCCGCCUUCGUACGCGUGUGCCUCUUACCUCCCAGCAGCUGCGCGACUGGUACGGUCGCCGUCAGCGUCGCGCUACUGUGGCUCGGGACCCUGCUCCUGGCGGUUCUUCCACUGACGUCACUGGAGCUGCGGGUGGUGCUGGUUUGUUGUCUCCUGAGGGUGCUCACGUCGCUGGUCCCGGAGGUGCUCGUACCGCUGGUACUCGAGCUGCUGGGGCUGGUGGUGUUGUGUUUGAGGGUCCUCCUCCUGGGGACGUUGCGACUGGGGGUGCUGGUUCUGGAGGCGCUGCGACUGGUGGAGACGGUCCUGGAGGAGUUGCUGCUGGGGGUGGUGGAGCUACUGGAGGUGCGGGAGCUGCUGUGGGUGCUGGAGCUGCUGGUGCUGGUGACACUACACAGCCGUGCCUGUUCUUUGCUCCGCCGUCUUCGUCGUCUCUGCCACCUCCUGACUCUGUCCUUCACCAGGUUCUUAGUCUUCCGUCUUCUACCGGUCUUCCCCUCCUGCCUGACUCACCGCUUCCUGCUCCUUCUCCUUACACUGAGCAGUCAGGAGGUCUUACUGAGCGUCGUGAGCCUGCGUCGCGUCCUGUCUCGCCAGUUCGCUCUGGACGCACCGUUCGUCGUGGUCCGCGUUCGCGGUCGCCGUCUGUCCCCCGCACGCGCCUUGUCGUUCGUCGUUCUUCCUCUGUUCCGCAGUCUGUUCCUCUGCCGUCCCCUCCUGAGUCGUCUUUGCCUCACGUUCCGGACCCUGAGUCUGACCGGUUUCGUGCUGAGCACCCUACUGUCACGCGUCUGUUAGCCACUGUUGUCACUGACCCGUCGUUUGAGUCUUCUGCUGCGUCUGCCUUGGUCGCUGAGCUAGUUGACUUUGCUGCUGCCUGUCGUCUAGACUACGCUGCUAGCCUUGUUGCUGAGUCUGAGUCUGUCUGUCCUCCGUCCGUCGGGGGUGAGUGUGCUCUUGACACGGACGUCCUUGAGGACAGGCACGAGGACCUUGAGUGUCUUGCAGCCGCUGCGCCUCAUCUCGUGGCCAUGCUGCUUGCCCCCGAGGGAGACCCGGAUGCUAUAGACAUCCCUACCCCGCGAUCUUACGCUGAGGCGAUCGCGGGUCCCUACUCCUCUCAGUGGCAGGCAGCCAUGGACGCAGAGAUGGCAUCCUGGAAGUCCACUGGCACUUACGUCGACGACGUUCCCCCUCCUGGGGCGAACAUCGUCAGUGGCAUGUGGAUUUUCAGGGUGAAGCGGCCGCCGGGUUCUCCGCCUGUCUUCAAGGCUCGUUACGUUGCUCGAGGCUUCAGUCAGCGAGAGGGAGUCGACUUCUUUCAGACCUUCUCCCCCACCCCGAAGAUGACCACUCUUCGGGUACUGCUGCACGUUGCCGCUCAGCGUGACUACGAGCUUCACUCUCUUGACUUCAGCACAGCUUUCUUGCAGGGCAGUCUGCACGAGGAGAUCUGGCUGCGCCGCCCUCCUGGCUUCACUGGGUCGUUUCCUCCUGGUACCCAGUGGAGCCUCCGCCGGCCGGUCUACGGUCUCCGCCAGGCACCACGUGAGUGGCACGACACACUGAGGACUACACUUACGGCUCUUGGGUUCGCGCCGUCUACUGCUGACCCGUCGCUGUUUCUGCGCACUGACACUUCGCUGCCGCCGUUCUACAUCCUCGUGUACGUCGACGACUUGGUCUUUGCCACUGCUGACACUGAGGCUCUCGCCCACGUGAAGUCCGAACUGCAGAAGAGACACACGUGCACAGACCUGGGCGAGCUGCGCAGCUACCUUGGCUUGCAGAUCACCCGGGACAGAACACGCCGCACCAUCACACUGACUCAGUCACACAUGGUGCAGCAGGUCCUUCAGCGCUUCGGCUUCACCUGGUCCUCAGCACAGGCCACUCCUCUGGCCAUAGGUCACUCGCUCUCAGCUCUGCCUUCGGAUGAGUCCGUAGAGCCGAGUGGUCCUUACCCAGAGCUAGUUGGUUGCCUCAUGUACCUGAUGACUUGCACUCGUCCUGACCUAGCGUACCCUCUUGGCCUUCUGGCCCGCUACGUGGCUCCUGGUAGGCACCGAAAGGUGCACUGGGAUGCUGCGAAGAGGGUAUUGCGCUACUUGUGCAGUACAUCGGGCAUGGGGCUCGUGCUUGGAGGAGGGAGCCCAGUUGUUCUCACUGGACACUCAGACGCUUCUUGGGUUGACGACCAGGCUACUCAGCGGUCGUCACAGGGUUACACCUUCAGUCUUGGCUCUGGCUCAGUUUCUUGGCGUUCUACACGUUCGUCUUCAGUUCUUAGCUCCAGUUGUGAGGCUGAGAUCUACGCUACAGCCAUGGCUGCUCAGGAGUUACGCUGGCUCACCUACCUGCUGACCGACCUGGGAGAGCGGCCUCGUUCUCCUCCAGUGCUGUACGUUGACAACAAGGCUGCCAUUGCCUUGUGUGAGGAGCACAGACUGGAGCACAUCGCUCUGCGGUACUUUCUGGCUCGAGAGUUGCAGCAGCGUGGUCAGCUUCGUCUGCGUUACGUGGCCACUCAGGCCAACACUGCUGAUAUAUUCACCAAGGCACUCCCGCCUAGUGAUCAUCAGCGCUUCUGCACUUUGUUGGGGCUUGUGCCCACUUUUCCUCACUUGCUGUAG